AUGAACUUGAACCAAAACCUAAAUCGAAGUUAACUGACCAAGAACCCGAAUUCACUGGAUCCAUACGUUUAAACAUUAAGGGAACAAACCAUUUUAAGAAUUUGAAUGAUGUUGAAAAAGAAAAUUUCAUCGAACAAAUGAGAAUAGAUAUUGCAAAAAGUAUUCCUGUUGAUGGCCAAAGGAUCACUUAUCUAAAGUAUUUUGUUGGAUAUAAAGUAAAUGCAUUUAAAAUAAAUCACCCAAAUGAAAAUAAUUUUAACAAAAAAAGUUCAAAAGAAGUCUUUGUGGAUUUUGUUAAACUACUUGAAGUUAAUGACUUUAUGACAGCUUUGGAUAUUUAUAAUAGUACACAGUUUAUCGAUAAAAAAUUUGGAUUUGAACCAACAAGUAAUCGAUGGGAGGAGAUUAAAACGAUUGUGCAAAACUACUUUGAUCCAAUAACUAUAGGACUUAUCAUAUCACUCGCUUUCCUGUUGAUUAACUUGUAUUUUUUUGGUCGAUAUAAAAAUAGAAUGGGAUGCAAUACGAUUGUAUUUAAAGCUGCUCUUAUUAUUCUCGAUAUUGUAAACGAUAUUUCAUUUAUUGUAACAAAUGAAGAAUAUUUGCAAAACAUUGUGUUUAUCAUUUGUCCAAUUCUUAUAAAUACAUGCUUAGCUUUUUACAUAUUCAUAUUUGAGACAAGAAAGAAUCCUAAAUUUGCUGAUUGGUUUAGAGAGAAUUCGAAAUUAGCCGCGAUAAUCACAUUAUUUAGUUCGGGAAAUAUUGAAUUACUUCAUUUGCUUGAUUCUAACUAUGCAGGAUAUAAAUUGUUUUCUGCUCCAUUUUCUUCAAAAGCAAUACGUUGGAUAUUUUGGGGUGGUUUUUCGAAUAUAUUUAUUGAAGACUUACCGCAACUAAUAAUUCAGAUAAUAUAUGUCGUAUCUCCUAAUACAGGAUAUAAUAUAUUUGCUUUAUCAGCUUUGAUUACCGGAUCUGUAAUAUUAUUAAUAGAUGUAAUCGGUUUUAUUUAUGAUUUUCUUGCAAAGAAACAGAGUAUCUAUAUUAACAAAGUAUCUAGAGUUGAAUAA